AUGGCGCCAUUAUCAGAAAUUAACUUAGAUGUUCAGAAACCAAGGAGCUUCUCUGAAAGGGAAUUGGCAGCUAGAAAAAUAGUAGGAGUAAACACCGAAACCGUCACCGACAUCACCUCCACAGAUUUCCCUGGUCAUUGGCCAAACGAAGAGCAUGCUUGGGAUAAAGAUGUAUUCGCCAAGAAUCUCUCCGUAGUGUUCCACCAAAACGAACCUCUCCUCUCUACUUUCUCCCUCAUCGGCAUUGAUGCGUGCGUCGCCAAUGCUUUCCGUCGGAUCCUCAUUGCCGAAAUCCCUACUCUCGCCAUCGAAUACUGUUUCGUAAAGAACAACACCUCGGUAAUCCAAGAUGAAGUUCUCUGCGGUCGUCUCGGUCUCGUACCAUUCAAGGGCGGAAAAGAAGGACUCUUAGAUUUCAUGAAAUGGUUUCCAAAGCCCGAGGAAGAAACCCCAGAAGAAGAACGUCAUGUCGGCUCUUUCGAUCACAAUACUGUUCAAUUAACCCUCAAAAUCGAAUGUACACGCAACAAGGACGCUGCUCCAGGAGAACAGGAUCCAAGGAAAAUGUACCACAAUGCACAUGUAUAUGCGAAGGAUAUCGAAUUCAAACCUUUUGGACGACAACUCGAGUAUUUCAGCGGGGAAAACACUAUCAAGAGUCCCAAUCCAGAUAUUUUGAUUGCGAAGAUGAGACCUGGCCAGGUCAUUGAUAUUGAUAUGCAUGCGGUUAAGGGAAUUGGCAGAGAUCACGCCAAGUUUUCCCCUGUAGCUACUGCUUCCUAUCGAUUAUUGCCAGUAAUCGAUAUUAUUAAACCAAUUUUGGGCAAAGAUGCGGUCAAAUUCCAGAAAUGUUUCCCCAGCGGGGUUAUUGGAAUUCGUCCGGUUGAAGCGAAGGAGACAAAGAUCAAAGGAAGUGGAUACGAAGGACAUCAGGGAGAGGAUAUGGCAGUAGUUAUGGAUGCCAUGAGGGAUACGGUCAGCAGAGAAUGUCUGAGGCAUGAGGAAUUUCAAGGCAAGGUCAAAUUGGGAAGAAUUAGAGAUCACUUCAUUUUCUCGAUUGAGAGCUUGGGGCAAUGGGACAGCGAUGAGCUGUUUUUGGAGUCAAUCAAGACACUGAGAACAAAGUGCGAAGCCUUCAAGAUGAGUUUGCAGAAUAUGACGAAGUAA